GAUCACUGGACCUGUUGUCAGUUGAUAGUCAUAAUAUACAUGUUUAUAAAAUACUAUCACCUGCUAUUUGAUGGAGUUCCGAUGACAAAACAUAUACAUUAACAGUACAUGGUACAGUAGUACUAGAAUACGACCGUGGGAGUAAACACAGAAUAAUGUAUUUUUUUAUGUUAAAAUCAAUAUUAGUGAUUUAAACAUUGAUCAUGAAAAGUGCUAGUGUUUACUUUUGAAUCAAUUGAAGCGAAUCAUACAAAGUAUCAAUGGAAAAUUCUACCAACCAUCAUGCAAGCCACCAAACUAUUCCAUGUGUAGGGAAGAGGUUGACCGAACGAAUGAACCAAUUCUCACCGACUAAUGCAAGAAUGGCAGAUUAUUUGAUUACUGGUGGUACUGGUUAUGUCCCAGAUGAUGGACUUACAGGGGCUCAACUUUUUGCUAACGGAGAUGGUUUAACAUACAAUGAUUUCCUGAUUUUACCAGGAUUCAUAGACUUUACAGCAGACGAAGUAGAUCUGACAUCUGCUUUAACAAGAAAGAUAACCUUGAAGGCUCCAUUAGUGUCAUCGCCUAUGGAUACAGUCACAGAGGCCCAGAUGGCAAUAGGAAUGGCUUUAUGUGGAGGUGUUGGAGUCAUUCAUCAUAAUUGUUCACCAGAAUUUCAAGCCAACGAAGUACGCAAAGUAAAAAAAUAUGAACAAGGUUUUAUCCUGGAUCCAGUUGUCAUGGCACCAAGUCAUACAGUGGCUGAUGUAGUAGAAGCUAAAAAAAGAUUUGGGUUUUCCGGCAUUCCAAUUACAGAAAAUGGUCACAUGGGUGAAAAGUUAAUUGGUCUUGUUACUCAGAGAGAUAUUGAUUUCUUAACCAAAGAUGAUAAUAAUAUACCUUUAGAAAAUGUAAUGACAACAUAUGAAGAUUUAGUGGUAGCUCAUUGUGGUGUUACAUUAAAGGAAGCUAAUUCAAUAUUACAGAAAAGUAAAAAGGGUAAAUUACCAAUUGUAAAUGACAAAGGAGAAUUAGUAUCAUUAAUAGCAAGAACAGACACUAAAAAGAACAGAGAAUUCCCAUUGGCAUCAAAAGAUGAAAGGAAACAGUUGUUAGUAGGAGCAGCAAUCAGUACACAUGAGGAAGAUAGGAAAAGAUUAGAUGCUUUGGUGGCAGCUGGUGUAGAUUUUGUUGUAUUGGAUUCGUCACAGGGCAAUUCCAUUUACCAAAUAGAGUUCAUUAAACAUGCGAAAAAUUUAUAUCCAGAGUUACAAGUAAUUGGCGGUAAUGUUGUAACUGCAGCACAAGCCAAGAAUCUGAUCGAUGCUGGUGCCGAUGGUUUAAGAAUUGGUAUGGGUAGUGGUUCCAUCUGUAUCACACAGGAAAUAAUGGCUGUUGGAAGACCUCAAGGAACAGCAGUUUACAAAGUAGCAGAAUAUGCCAGGAGAUUUGGGGUACCAGUAAUAGCUGAUGGAGGGAUCCAGAGUGUUGGACAUAUCGUUAAAGCUUUAUCAUUAGGUGCCUCCACAGUUAUGAUGGGAUCUAUGUUAGCUGGUACAACAGAAGCACCUGGUGAAUACUUCUUUGCUGAUGGUGUUCGCCUGAAAAAAUAUAGAGGAAUGGGAUCAUUAGAUGCCAUGGAGAAACAUCGAAGUAGUCAAAGUCGGUAUUUUAGUGAAAGUGACAAAUUAAAGGUUGCCCAGGGUGUUUCUGGUUCUAUUGUUGAUAAAGGCUCAAUACAGAAGUUUGUUCCUUAUCUCAUAGCUGGGAUCAAACAUGGCUGUCAGGAUAUUGGUGCUAGGACACUGUCUCAUGUCAGAUCAAUGAUGUACUCAGGAGAGUUGAAGUUUGAAAGAAGAACAACAUCAGCCCAAAUAGAGGGUGGUGUGCAUAGCCUACACAAAAUUGUUAGAAUAUAAAGUUAUGAGAAGAGAUUGUAUUGACCAUUAACACGAUCUGAUCCUAUGACAUUACCAAAGGGAGAUUAAUCUGUUAGAAUGGACAGAGACAGAUAGGAAGAUUUUGUAUGGAGUUGUUGGAGAUGAUGGUACCAAAUUAUUUCAGCAGAUAAAAUUGUUAUAAAUUUGUAGAAUUGUUAAAUAGAGCAAAAAAUUACAUUUUAAUUCAAAUCAAUAUGACUGACAGAAGUUCUUUAAAAAGGAGAGUAUACAAGAUUAUGAAAGAAGAAAAAAAUCAUAAUACAGUCAAACCUUGUCACUUUCUUCUUGUUCCACUGUAAUUAUAUCUAUGCAUUGUGAACCUAAAUUCAAAUGUUAUCUCAUUUAAGAUAAUUUUUCUCUGGUUCUGAGAGUGACCUUUAUAGGUUUGACUGUAUAUAUGAAUAAAUACUGAUUUCAAUAGAUUUAUUUGCAAUACAGCAUAUGAUUUCAUUCCACUCUGUAAAAGUUCCAUUUUAUGUUUGAAUUGAUUUGUAAAGUUUUAACAAUUUGUUUCUUUUAUGAUUGUUAUCAAUUUGAAUACUAUAAAAGAAAAUUCAGAAAUUUUUGCAUACAUUUAUUAUGGCAAUUUUUGAAAAAUGGACAAAAAAAGAGAUUAAUUAAAUUCUGCAUACAAUCAAUGCCAUCAAUAUUUAAAUUGCGAUGUUUUAAUUUUGCAGUACCUAUUCAAUCCAAAUUUUUGCAAUAAAAAAAACAUCACAAAAAUUUCUGAAUUUCCAGAACUCAAACUUCAGUAUAGAAUAUUUACAUUUAUAUAAGGUACUGUAUAAUUUUGAUAACAGGAGAGUAUGUGAGAGAGAGUAGAAUUGUACAACAUUGUCUGUGAUCAAACAUUUUAUCAUUAAAUUUGUGUUUUAAAAAAACCUGUAGGGAGAUGCAAUAUUAUGAUAUUAUUCAUUUAUCAUUUUUGAUUUCAUUAUAAAAAGAAGAAAAUCACAAAUUUGAUAUUAACUAGUAAUCCACUUUGAAUAUUAAGUGGGUGGGUGUCUCAUGAGUUUUGAGACACAAUUUCAGGGUACAUAAUACAGGAAUUAUUUUUAUAUCACAACUUUUCAAUCAAAAAGCCAUUUUUUCAACAAUUUAGAAGCCAAAAUAAUAUCUUAGGUGAAGUGGUUUUAUACAUAUAUAUAUAUAUAUAUAUGAAUUUAUUGGAAUUAAUGAGGGUAUACAACACAAAGGUGGAUAACUCUUCAUAAGUCAUAAUAAUAAUUGAUAGAUUUGGAAAAUUAAAGCAUCUUAUAUACUCAAACUGUAAUUUUCAAAGCAGAUUUCUGUUGAAUUGGCUAUUGGAUAUUUAUUAUGGAAUCUAAUGGCAAAGCUUCAGGCAACAUACAAUAUCUUUGGAAGACUCAAAUCAUUUUUGAAAGACAUGAAGUUCAUUAACUAUGAAAACUUAUUGUUUACAUGUUAGUAGAGGUAGAAUUUAUAUAUAAAAAUAGAAAGCAAUAUCAUUAAAUUUGCACUUCUGUCCUUGCUCUCGGGGCAAGACCAAAUAAUUUUGGUUUCUUGUGGUAUUCAAUAUCUGCUCAAUAUUGUGAUUAGACAUAGCUUUGUAUGAACAGUUCAUUAAAUUGUUAUAUCAUGAAAACAGAUUUUAUUUUGGGGAUGACCAUUAACAAUAAAUCAAUGGGUGCAAAAUUAACCUUGGAAUAAAUAAGAAAGAAAUGUUAAUUAAACUUACAUAAUAAAAAUAUAUGUACUACUUAAUCUAAUUUAUAUGGAGGAAGGAUCUCAUUUAUUUAUUACAUGAACCAAGCUUCAUUUAAAAUGUACAAGCCAGUUCUAAAUAUACCAAGUAAGUACCAAAUGCAUUUACAGACUAGAGAGUUCUGUUUGAUUGUUAGAAUUUAGUAUCAAACUUCUGUGUCCUUUUCCUAGCCUUUAAAUUAAGUCUACCAAUCAGAUUGCUUCAUUCUCUUCUGAAAGGAAUAGAGGUUCAGGAUGGCCUUUCAGUUAUUUUUUCUUGUCUGUGCCUUGUAAACAUUGUUAUAUUUUUGUAUGAGUGCCAUUCUGUAUAACAAGACGGAUCUCACAAAACUAAGUAUAGAUAUUAUGGUAUAAUUUUGUCCAUUCAAUGCCCAAACAAUAACUUAAGUUUCUUAGACUUGUAAUUGUGAUACUAUAUUCAUGCAAUGUUAGGGUUGAUUCAAAUAAAACUUGGUUUUGAUGCAGAUGUUGAAAUUUUGUCUAUAUUCAAUAGUUGUGGGAAAUCGGUUAUUUAAUGCAUUAUCAUGUUCAGAACAUUUUAAAAAAUGGUUGGAAUUAUUUGUUCUUAUGUUAUGAAAAUUUUGUAUUUUAAUUAAUGUUCUUUGAAAAAAAAGCUAAAUAAAAAAUUUCAAUUGUUUUACCAGUGGUGUAACGCAUACAUGUAUCAUAUGCAUAUUUUUGCAUUAUUAUUCUUGUAUUUAUUAGUGUCAAUGAUUGACAACAGAUACAAAAAAGAUUUACAGAUCAAUUAACGUGUACAUCUAGCAGAAUAUUGAUAACAAAAAAGUGAAGGUCUUUAUUAUUUUGAAAUUCAUCCUGUCUCAUUUUCUGCCUUAAUAAGAAAAUCAUCCUGAAUAUGCAUAAAAGUAUUGCCACUGGUCGUAAAGCAAGCAACAAUCUAUCAGUUUAAAAAAAACAACUUUAUUUCUGAAUUAUAACUUCUUAUAACUUCCUCCAUGUCAUUUUUUCAUAAUAGAAUAACAGCUUGGUGAUUUUUACUCAGUACCUAUAGCCUAGUCCAAAUAUUUACAGUGUUGUAUACCUACCUCUAAUUUUAUCACCCACAAUGUAAUAAAUAGUUUGUCAUCUUGUCUUAUUAAAACAUUGAACCAACAUAUAGGUUUGUACUAAUUGUUGGAUACAUUGAACCAACAUAUAUAUUUGUUUUAAAUAUUCAAAUUUUUUCUUCAAACAUUGAACUGACAUAUAUGUUUAUAGAAUUCUGUCGUCAGUCAUUGAACCAACAUAUAUAUAUAUAUAUUCAUUGUUGAAUUCUUUCUUCAGCCAUUGAACCAACAUAUAUAUAUAUGUAUUCAUUGUUGAAUUCUUUUCUUUUUCAGUCAUUGAACCAACAUAUAUUUGUAUUCAUUGUUGAAUUAUGUUGGAAUCCUACUAGAGUGCUAUUUACAUUCAGUGGAAUCCAUUUUUUUUAUCAUGACAAUAAACAGAUUCCAAAUCAUUUCAUUUACCAUAGAAAUACAUGUAUAUUUAAAAAUUAUUUUCCCUCGUAGAAAUCAACAGUCAAUUAAAAUGUCAAUGCCUAUAUAUACCAGUUAGAUAUGGAAGAUGUCUUCAAUGUUACAGAAAACAAUUAUUAAUUUGCAACAUAACAUUUAAUUUGAAUGAUGGAAAGGUAUUAUGCAACUUCUGAACUUUUAAUUGAUAUAUUAUAUGUACUAAUGUAAAUAUUGAAGUAUAUCCAAUUGAACACAAAUCAAGAAAGUAGUUGCAAGUAAUACCACAGCUUGAUUGCUUAUAGGAAAAUGGUAUUGAUAAGCUUAUAUAAAUGUACCUCAAAAUGCAAUAACAUAUUUUUGAAUUUUUUUUUCUUGUUUUAGAAUAUCAUAUCAAAGCAUAAUUUCAUUUAAAAAACUAAUAAUUGGAAUCCAUGAAAUGGAUGAAGAUUUAUUUAAUUGUUUACUUUCAUAUGGUAACUUAUGUAUACUUAAAACUUUUGUAUAACAGUUCAUCAUUUAUAUUAUUUUACUAUGAAUUUUCUUGACUCUGGGGGAUGGGAGAUUUAGAGCUUGAUUUAUGUAUAGCCAUUUGUUUAUUGUAAAACUGUGUUUUGAUGUUUAUGUACUUGGGUUGCUGUAGGAUCAAUUUUUUACCCUUCAAUACAUUUUAUUCAUGUUAUAUAUGUGAAAAUAUAGUAUGAGUAAAUAACUAAAAGACACCAAGGAGGUCACACACAGUCUUCAAUAAUAGACGUGCAUAUACAAAAUGUCAAGCUCUAAAUUGUACUGAGUCUUGAAAAAUGUGAAUAAAUAAAACAGACUGUCAUGUUUCAUUUUAAGUGGCUUCAUUUGAAAUUAUUUGAGAUGGAGCCUAAUGCACAAUUCUUAUGCUGAACAUUAUUUGCAUUUAUUUGAUUAAGUUAACAUAAGCUUAUAAAAGCAAUUACCCAUUAUAACGUUAAAUUUAUAUACCAGCAAACACUACUCAUUUCAUGAAUUGAUGAACUGUUUAAUUGAACUUUAAAAGUGCUAUGUUAUUUAGAACAGCAAUUUAAGUUGUUCAUAAGUGUAUAUUCCAUUUACAGUAUACAUAUAUUGUUUUGUAUUGUACAUCUAUAUUUUGUCAAAAGUUUUAUGUUACUGUGUUCUUGAUAAAAUAAAGGUUUAUAAAGUC